AUGAAGCGCAAGCUUGACCAGAAGGGCGAGCCCGACUCGACCGCCAAGCCCGAGAAGACGGAAGCGACCACAAGCAAGCAGCCCGCCGAGGAGCCCUCUUUCUCCGACCUUGGCCUCGACACACGCCUGCUCCAGGCCGUCGCAGCGCAGAACUUCAAGAAGCCGACACUCGUUCAAUACAAGACUAUCCCGCUCGCCCUCGACGGUCAGGAUGUCAUCACCAAGGCCCGAUGUGGCUCCGGCAAGACCAUGGUCUACGUCUUGUCUAUCCUCUCGACGGUACUCAAGCGGAAGGCUACUGACUCGACGGCCUACACGAGUGCCCUGAUCCUUGUGCCCACCCGCGAGCUUGCCGACCAAGUCUUCAAGGUCAUCGAAAAGUUCUCCGCUUUCUGCGCCAAAGACGUACAAGCUGUUGUGUUGAAGGACAAGGUGUCUGACGCUGUGUCCCGAUCCCUGCUCUCGACCUCCCCAGAUAUUGUCAUUUCCACACCGUCCACCGCUUGGCGGAACGCCGACUCCUCCGCCCUCUCCCUCGACAAGCUGUCCUGCCUUGUGCUCGACGAAGCCGACCUUCUCCUGUCGUACGGCUACAACGAAGAGAUUGAGAGCAUCUCAAAAUGCGUCCCGAAGGGAGUACAGAUCAUCAUGAUGAGCGCGACUUUGACGGGAGACAUGGAUCUGCUCCAGGGAAUGUUUGGCAGGAAGCAAUCGCUCCUCGACCUCGAGGAGCCAGAGACCGAGGGUGAAGGCGUCUCGCAGUUUGUGGUCAAAUGUGGCGAGGACGAAAAGUUCUUGUUGGCCUAUGUUAUCUUCAAGAUCCAAUUGAUCAAGGGACGGUGCAUCAUCUUCGUCAAUGACAUCGACCGCGCCUACCGACUCAAGCUCUUCUUGGAGCAAUUCUACAUCCGAUCCUGCUGCCUCAACGCCGAACUGCCCGUGAACUCGAGGAUACACGUUAUCGAAGAGUUCAACCGUGGUGUUUACGAGAUUCUGAUCGCCGCCGAUGAGAAGAACGAGAUGCUUGGCGACGACGAGGAUACACAGGGUGCCGAGGAAGAGUCGAAGAAGAAGCGCCGCAAGUCGGGCGACGGCAAGGAUCAGGAGUCCCAAAAUCCGAAGAAGAAGCGGAGAGCAUCUCGCAAAGACCAAGAGUACGGCAUGUCAAGAGGUAUCGACUUCAAGAAUGUCUCGGCCGUCAUCAACUUUGACUUUCCCACGUCCGCUUCCUCAUACAGCCAUCGGAUAGGACGGACAGCCCGCGCCGGCCGGAACGGCAUGGCCCUCUCUUUCUACGUUCCCGAAGAGCUAUAUCGCAAGCAUAUACCGACAACAAUCGAGACGGCCGAGAGGGACGAGAAGGUGCUGGCCAGGGUCAUUCGACAGCAGUCAAAAUUGGGCAAGGAGGUCAAACCAUACCACUUCCAGAAGGAACAGGUCGAGGCCUUCCGGUAUCGUAUGAACGAUGCACUUCGAGCGGUCACCAAGGUUGCCGUCCGUGCGGCGAGGACAAGAGAGCUCAGGCAGGAGCUUCUGAAGAGCGAAAAGCUCAAGCGAUACUUUGAGGAAAAUCCUGCUGAGCUGGCACACCUCAGGCAUGACAGUGAGCUGCGGACAGCGAAACGCCAGGAUCACUUGCGCCAUAUUCCGGAGUAUCUCCUCCCGAGGGAAGGCAAGGAGGCACUGACUUCCAAUGAGAUCGGUAAUGUUUCUUUCAAGAAGGCUGGCAAACUCAGGGGCAACAAGAGGGGCAGGCCGCACGGACGGGUGGGCAAGCCUGGCAGGAAGGGCGACCCGCUCAAGACGUUCAAGGCCCGGAGGAAAACAACCUGA